CCGUCGUGCGGUGCGAUACUCGUCUUACCAUCGGCUUCAACACCUCGGCAAAUAUCCUUUCGGUUAAAAAAAUAAAACAAAAGAAAUGCGUCUUCUCACCUUUAACUUUUUGCUGCUGGCCUUUUGCGCCUCCUUGACCUUCUGGCCAGCCGGUGCCCUGGAGUGCUACGAAUGCACGGGAAGUGCCUGCGAUGAUCUGGACCUGGUGCCCCUGAUCUCUUGUAAUAUAGAUGAUGAACCGAGCACAACUACAAAGGAACCGGAAACAACGGAUAUCAUAACCGAAGAACCGGAUACAACAACCGAAGAACCCUCUUCGGACUCCUCCAGCACUACCAGCACUACUACUACAGUUACAACUCCAUCGGUGCCAACAAUAAGCACGGAGCCGGGAACAGAUUCUACUACCGAUUCCACAACCACUGAGGAGACCGAUUCUACAACCGCUGCGGAGACUGAUUCUACAACCACCGAACCUACCUCCACUCCCAGCGAGACCACUGAUUCCUCAACGAACGAAUCUACAGAUUCUUCAACGAACGAAACCACAGAUUCUUCAACGAACGAAUCUACAGAUUCCUCAACUAACGAGUCUACAGAUUCUUCCACUGUUUCUCCCAGUGAACCCACUGAUUCUUCAACGAACGAAUCCUCAGAGUCUUCAACCAACGAAUCUACAGAUUCCUCAACAAACGAGUCUACAGAUUCUUCCACUGUUUCUCCCAGUGAACCCACUGAUUCCUCAACAAACGAAUCUUCGGAGUCUUCGACAAGUGAAUCCACCGAGUCUUCAACGAACGAAUCUACAGAUUCUUCAACAAAUGAGUCUACAGAUUCUUCAACUGUUUCUCCCAGCGAAUCCACAGAUUCUUCGACGAGUGAUUCGUCCUCUCCAAGCGAGGCUACCGACUCUUCCUCCGCGUCUCCCACUUCACCGCCCAGUGAAUCCACCGAAUCUACAGAUUCUUCAAGCGUUUCACCCAGCGAAACCACAGACACCUCAACGAGCGACUCUUCCUCUCCAAGCGACUCUACAGAUGCUUCCUCCGCUUCUUCCACUUCCACUUCUACAGGCUCUCCCACUGAAGCUGCUCCUGCCGUAAGUCGUCGCCGCCGUAGUCUGGCCGCCCAGGCCACGGAUGUGCUCCUGCGGAACUACCGAAUCAUUGCCCGGAAUCAAAGGGAUACGGAUGCCGUCAUAAAGGUGGCUGCCUGCUAUAGCAUCAUCACGCAGGGAGAAAUCCACCGCGGUUGCAUCCGUGUGCCCGAAGGCCAAAGCGCCUGCCAGGCUGUGAGGGAGGAACUUGAGCUGAUCCCGGACGUGGCCGAUGAGUGCAACGUCUGCUUGUCGGACGGCUGCAACGGCAGCACCAGCCUCCAGGUGUCCCUGGGCGCAAUGAUCCUGAUUGUGGUUCUGGGACUGAAAAACCUACUGUGAGGCGGAGCAAAUGUAGCUUUUUGGGAGUGCCUUUUGUAAUAUAUGUAUGUUUAUUAGGUGAUUUGUACUUUGUAUUUAAUUAAUAAAAAAGAAGUUUCAAAAACAAA